UCGCGCCCGGGUCCCCGACCCGCUCGGGCCCCGCGAUCCCGCGGUACCGCCGCCUUCGCGCUUCGAGCCCCGCGGCCGUUCGCACUGUUUCGCGCGGGGCGCCCCGACGGACGGAGAGAUGGACUCGGGUCCGCGGCAUCCUGAGCGGCGAGCGCGAGCCCCCAACGCCGGAUGUGGAGGGGGGGCCUGGCUCCCCGAGGCGCUGAGUCCCGGGCUGACUGGCUGCCUUGGCCCUCGGACGCCUUCUUCCCGGGUGGGAGGGAGUCCGGGACGAGGGAAUCCCAAGGCAGCUCCCAGCUCGGCUUGGACACCCCGGCUCCGGCCGUGCGGGACCCGCACGGUGGAGCCGCUGCCCGGCCUUCGGUGCGGGUGCUGUAGACGCUGCCGGGACGUCCUCGGGUGUUCGCGCUUCCACGUGUAUUUUCCUGCCGCGGAUCUCCGAUAGGAAGCCUCGCUACGUCGAGUUAGCGAAAUGCAUCUAAGGGUUCCCACAAUGAAGUUAGCAAAGCAGUGUCCCGAACAGGGGCACUAUGAACGAAGAGGAGCAGUUUGUAAACAUUGAUUUGAAUGAUGACAACAUUUGCAGUGUUUGUAAACUGGGAACAGACAAAGAAACACUCUCCUUCUGCCACGUUUGUUUUGAGCUAAAUAUUGAGGGAGUACCAAAAUCUAAUCUCUUGCACACCAAAUCGUUAAGGGGCCAUAAAGACUGCUUUGAAAAAUACCAUUUGAUUGCAAACCAGGAUUGUCCUCGAUCUAAACUUUCAAAAAGUACUUAUGAAGAAGUUAAAACCAUUUUGAGUAAGAAGAUAAACUGGAUUGUACAAUAUGCACAAAAUAAAGAUCUGGAUUCUGAUUCUGAGUGUUCUAAAAAUCCCCAGCAUCACUUGUUCAGGCAUAAGCCAGAUAAAAAGUUACUCCCACAGUUUGACUCCCAAGUACCAAAGUAUUCUGCAAAGUGGAUAGAUGGAAGUGCAGGCACCCUUUCAAACUGUUCACAAAGAAUAUUGGAGCAGAGCGGAAAUACAGACUUUGGGCUUGCUGUGUUGCAAGAUUCAGGUGCUGCUUUGUGCCACAAUAGUGUAUUGUGGCCUCAUAGUCACAAUCAGGCACAGAAAAAAGAAGAGAUAAUCUCUAAUCCAGAGGCUAAUGUCCCAGCCCAGCAUCCACGUUACAGCAGAGAGGAAUUGACUUCGAUGACUCUUAGUGAGGUAAAGCAACUGAAAGCAAAGCUCCGACAGGAAAUACAGGAAGUUUUUGAAGAGUUAACACAACAAGUUCAAGAAAAAGAUUCUUUGGCCUCAGAGCUCCAUGUCCGCCACAUUGCCAUCGAACAGCUUCUCAAGAACUAUUCCAAGUUACCAUGUCUACAAGUAGGGCGAACAGGAACGAAGUCACACCUACCCAUAAACAACUAAACUAAACUUACACUUGACUUCCUUUGUCCUCAUGCCCCUACCAUUUGUUGGUCUGCCAGGCAUGCCAAUUUUGAAGAAGUUGAAGAAAGUUACGGUCCAUUUUUUUUUUAUGGUCAUUAAAUUUGCAAAGCUGAAGGCAGUAUUUAACAUCAUUGUCAAAUAAAGCAGAUCAUUACACUCUAGUCUUUUAGGAUUAAUCAUUUUGGUUCAUUUUGGGAAUCUUUCUUCCCAUAAUUACUAAAUGGCCCCCCCUAACUUACCACAUGUGACUACUGUUACAAUGUGAUUUUAUUAAACAUAUUUUAAUGUAAUUCAUCUGUCAAAACAAUAGAAAAUUUUAAAAACUCCUAGUAUCUGAACUACUACAGAUAAUUUUAAGAGGGAAGUGGAAUUCGUAAUACACCUCUUAUUUAUUAUGAGCAAUAUUUUAAUAUGAAAAUUUUAUAUAUAAAAAUGCUAUUUUAGGUACCUUUCCAUUCUCUUUAUAAAUGUGUAUUUGAAUGCCUCUGUGUAUUAUAUUUACACUUUCCUGUGUGAAUAUGUUCAUCCAUAUUUCAGAUCACUGCAUUUUAUUCUCUUAAUACUCUUUUUACUAUUAUCUUGUUUUCCAAAGAUAAAUGUAUUUUGGAGUAGAAAUCUAUCUAGUUGAGUUGUUUUGACUCUUAAUAACUCGAAUAACUUUUUAAAGCAAGUAUCCAAGAAAAAAAGUACAUUAUUUUUCUCUGACAAAAGCAGUUCUGAGUUAGUUCAGAAAUAAAACGCCAAUCUAGUUUUCGUACGUCACCUUGUCUCCGUAGAAGUAAAACUCUUCUUCUACUUCAUUAUUAUUUUCAUCUAAUGACUUUGCUGUGUUAGAAUUUGGACCGAGUAAGUCAAGCCUCGCUUCCAAGUCAAAUGUAAUAUCUGUCAAAUUGAAUGUGCUGCAAAAUUGUUCUCCUAUCUUUGAAAAAGUUUUAAGUUCUUCUGUUUGCCGCUUCAGAUACAGGUUCAGGAAUCCUUAAACUGUCCAAAUUCUCUAUCAGCAUCACUGAAAUUAGUGCCCAAAGAAAACAUUGUGAGGUAUUUUUCUAAACUUUAGAAUUUAAAGAAAAAGAGAAGACUGCUUGACACAGAAAAAUAAAACUGAUUCAAAAAAAUAGGUCCAUUUCAAAAGGAUAUUCUUGUAAGUUGCCUGUGAUGUUUCCAAAGAAUUCUGAAGGAGUAGGUCAUCUCAAACAGCUAGAUACGUUUUUUAACAAUGUAUUAUAUGGUAAAAGCUAUUACCAGUGAAGAAUUAAAAUGGGCUCUAAAUUCUGUUUUUAGUUGGUGCUUAGAAUGUAUUUAUGAGGUAAGAUACUUUGCUUGAAAGAAUCUGCAAGAAAAGCCCAUUAACUUGGCAGCUUCAUGCAUAAAGAUAUGAAUGACUUCUAUCUUAACUCUGGCAGCCUGCCCCGGCUUGGGUCAGAUUUUAGUCUUGAACACAAACAGUAUUUGACUAAGCAAAGAAAUGCCUUGAUCUAGUAAUAACCAACUUUCUGUAAUGCUUAGAUGUGUUAAAUUUGCCUGAAAGUAUUAAUUGAUACUGCAAUUGAUUUUGUUUUGUUUUCUUUUUAAGUAUGUGAGGUAACUGUUUUUGGAGCUUUUGAAAAAUGUUUUCAAUUUCUUUCGAUUUUUUGAGUUAUCCAAAAUGAAUUUAAAAUCCAGGGAGUGGGGAUACAUUGCCUUAGUUUUGAUAAGCUUUAAACUGAAUGUGUGCAAUAUCAAAAUCUUUAUAAAUUUACAAGUUGAAUAAAAACAUUUCCUGAUGAUGCCAGUAAAUAUCUUAGUAAAUGCUUAGUUGUUAGGUCACAUUUUUUAAUUUGGCUUUACUGUCUUUUGGCAUAAUUCAUCAAGAAUGUUACUAGCCAGUGUGCUUGCACACGUUUGUGCUUCUAUUUAGAUCACUUAGGGACAGUCAUAAAAGUUUGGGAUGUAUUGCAUUUGAUAUCAGUGGUAGCAUAUUUCCAGAGUAUGAGCCAUAUGGUGCAGUCCUAAAUGCAGCAGUGUUAAUCCAAAGAAAAGUGUUUGCUUUGUUUCUGGCAAAUAUGUAGCUUUACUAAUGAGUUUGGAACAAUUGGGUGGGAUUGUGCAUGUAGUAAGGUCUUAAUUGGGGAUUCGAAUUUAUUCCAUUUAGAUAUUUCAACCUAAGCUCUUCAAAGGAAAGGUGCUGUUAAAAAAAAAAAAAAAAUCUGUGGUGCUGGUACUCACAUUAGUACUUUAUUUGGAUGAAUAUUGUAGUGAAAGAAUUUUUUCUUGAAGGAUUUUGUACAGCAGUUUAUCCAACUAUUUGGUAAACUGAUUCCUAUGUUUUCUUGAUUGAAUAUGCAAUUAUUGUAUAUGCUAAAACAAGAAUAAGGGACAGAGUUAAGUUCUAUCUUGAGGGAACAUGAAAUACUACAAAUAUUAGUUACCAUUCUUGGCUAUUCUUCUGUACAGUUGUUAGUACUUUCUGAGGAAGUUUAGAAGAAACUCUCAUACAUACCAUCAGUUUCAAAAAACAGCAAGAGGUGGAA